UUAUUUCUCAAAUGUACGUCGACACAGGAACAUCAGGCUGUAUGCUAAACAAGGAUGUGUCUUGGGGGACGACUCACAGGCGCCUGGUCAACAACAGCCUUGCCAUUUAAAAAAAAAAAAAAUCAGGGUCAAUAAAGAAGUUUGCAUCAGAGAGAAGUUUCUUUGCUGAGAUUGGAAACUCUCCACAUUUCAAACACAUGCCAGCAGCUAUUAAAUUCAGCCCCACAUGUAUCAAUAUGUCCUGCGUAGGAUUGCUCCCAGCUCCUGGUGUGACUGUUAUCCCACUGGCAUUGACUGACUGAUAUUCUAAAUGGGUAAAGGUGUGUGCGGGCACCACCCACCAGCGUCACACCAGGAUGUGAUGUCACAGGAGUAGCGGCUGCUGUUUCCUGUCCGGCUUUGUGUUCGCCAUUCCGAUCCCCGUCCCGCACCAAGGACAGAACAUGUUUGAAGCCAAGCCCCGGGCGGUGGAAAAGAAAGAGUCCAGCACUGAGACAGACGAGGGUCUGGGCAGCAGCGGGAGGAACUAUGGCUCCGGCUCGCUGGGCUCCAGCUCGGCCUGCUCCGUCUACCUGUCGGACAGCCAGGACUGGGCGGUCUCCCCGAGCUGCUCCCCGGACGAACCCCCCGGCCAGCACACCGCCAUCUCCCCCAUGCUGGCCGAGGAGACUUUCCGCUACAUGACGUAUUUCGCUUUGGAGCCAUCCUCUUAUCCCCACCCCGGCUCUCAGAGCCUCUCCAAAGUUCUUAGCGGGGACCGCGUGGAGCAGAUGACCAAGACGUACAAUGACGUUGAAGUGGUCACACACCUUUUGGCUGAGCGGGACAGAGACUUGGAACUGGCAGCUAGGAUUGGUCAGUCCUUGCUGCAAAGGAACCACCUGCUGCAGGAACGCAACGAGGCCUUAGAGGAACAGCUGGCACAAACCCUGGACCAGGUUCAUCAGGUGCAGCAUGAGCUCAGUAAGAAGGACGAGUUACUGCGGAUGGUGUCCAGCGCCACGGAGGAGAGCGAAACCGACUCCAGUGCCUCCACGCCCCUGCGGCAGCCUCCGCUGCCAGGGGCAACCACCGCCACCGCAGCACUCAGCCAGCUGGAGUCUCUGCACGGCAAGUUGCAGGAUCUGGAGGAGGAGAACCUGAUGUUGAGGUCUGAGGCAUGUCAACUCAAGAGAGACACCAUCUGCUUUGAAGAGAAGGAGCAGCAGCUCGUAAGCGACUGUGUCAAGGAGCUCCGUGAGUCCAACGGCCAGAUGGUUUCUCUGACGGAAGAAUUGUCUCAGAAGAACGAGGAGCUGCUCAGACACCAGGAGGAAAUCGCUCAGCUGCUCUCCCAGAUAGUAGAGCUGCAACACAGAGUGAAAGAGCUGGCUCUGGAGAAGGAGGAGCUGAGGAUCCACCUACAGGCCUCCAAAGAUGCUCAGAGACAGCUCACAGCAGAGCUGGACGAGUUGGCCGACAGGAAUGCCGAGUGUUUGGAGAUGCUCCAUGAAUCGCAGGAGGAGAUCAGAGAGCUGCGCAAUAAAAACAAUCCCUCUGCCGGCAUGCGGAGGCACCUCUCCUACGGCCUCUCCUCCUACCCCAUGGACUCCUUAGCUGCAGAGAUCGAGGGCACCAUGAGAAGAGAGCUGAGUGUUGAGGAGGAGAGCACCUUUAAGGACCAAAGAGUAUCUCAGAAACGAGUUUUCCAAACAGUCCGCUCCAUCAACGCCUCGGCCUCAAUCACGUCCACCUUCAGCCACGCCUCCUAUCCGGGCUCUGGUCAAAGCUCUCUGGUGAUGACCGCCCAGCCUUUCCUGUCCAGUCAGAGGGAGGAGGUGCGACUAGGGCAGCCGGGCUGUCCAGGUGGGAACGACCUCACCAAAGCGCUGCAUCGCCUGUCCCUGCGGCGGCAGAACUUCCUGUGCGAGCGUCAGUUUUUCCAGGCGGAGCGCGAGAAGAAGCUGCAUGCGCUGGCGGGAGCGGAGGCGGACGGCGAGGGCAGCGGUUACAGCUCGCCGAUGGGCAGCGUGCACUCCUCGUUCUCCAACCUGUCCGAGCUCUCGUUCGGCUCCUGCAUUUUCAAAACCUUCCUGCCCGAGAAGCUUCAGAUCGUCAAACCCAUGGAAGGUUCACUGACGCUUCAUCACUGGCAGCAGCUAGCCAAACCACACCUUGCCACCAUCUUGGACCCCCACCCUGGAGUGGUGACCAAGGGUUUCUGCCCGUUGGCUCAGGAUGCAGUCUACCGCCUGUCUGACAUGGAGGAGGACGAGGAGGAUGAGGACGAGGAGCUCGGAAGGAUCAGCGAUGUGGAGAAGGGGGCGGCCGAGCGGGGAAAGGAAGAUGAGGACGAGGAGGAGGAGGAAGGCGGGAUCACCUUUAAGGUGCACUGUUCUUCAACGCCGGAGGAGAGGAGAGACAGGAAGCAGCCGGUGUCACCUCUACCCGGCCUGCCUGUCUCCCCAACCCUGACGACAUCACCUCAAACACAUGCCUCUUCCCCCUCCACCAGAUCAGACCUCACCCCUGCAUCCUGUCCUAUAACUGAGAAAUCCAGCCAAUCAGCUCAGCCCAUUCCAGUAGCCUGCACAGCUGUGGUCCAAUCACAAAUUAUCACCUCAACAUCUACAACAACAUCUUCUUCUGUCCAACAUCCAGGGAAGUGUCAGAGCUCCACCUUCUCCACCUACACCUUUACAACCUGUCGCAUCCUGCACCCUAGUGAUGUCACACAAGUCACCACCAGUUCUCAGUCGUCCAUCAUGGCCAACACACCCAGCUCCAAGACAGGUCCCAGCACCCCUGUGACGCCUUGCAGACUGAGCCUGGGUGACUCCUUCCCCCCUCGUCGCGCUCCUGCCGCCCCAUGCGGCCUGGCCAAGCUGGUCCUGGAGAGAGGCAUUUCUGCACAGAUCUCCACCGACACUCCUCCUCCAUCCCCCAAACCCACAGCGCGGCAGCCUCUCUUCCGCCUCCUCCCGAGCACGCCCCCUAACUCGCCUUCCCACUCACCCACUCCCUCCCCGGUGCCCACAGAGUCCCGCCAGCACUCAGCAGAUAACUUCUUAGCCUCACGGCCCGCUGAACUUUUCCUCCAGGACGUUUACGGAUUAAAUCUUGGUCGCGCUCCACACCCUGACCUACCGAGCCCGAACCAGGAAAUCCCAGCCCAUGCCCCGCCCCCUAAGCCAGGCCGAGCGAGGCCUGACCCAGGCAAUGUCGGCCUUGUGGAGAGGCUGCGACGACUCGGCUUCACCAAGGUUCUCCAGGGCGCGGAGUCGGACGCUUCAGUGCCUCGACAGGAUUCUUCAACUUUUGUGUCAGCGAGCGGGGGAAGUCUAUUGGACGGCCUGAGGCGCAACCAAAGCCUCCCUGCCAUGAUUGGCGCCCGAGCGGGGAAGUCGGCCAGUAUCCCAACACCUCCUCCUCACCCCACAACUCUGGCCCUGCCUCCACCGUCCUGGGGGAACCUCAAAGAACGCCGACGGCACCUUGGUUCCCUCUCACAUGCCUCGUCCAGUUCGGCGAAACGCUGAUGAGAGAUAAGGUGGAUAGACUCAAAGGGACACACUCCAGAACUUGAACCUGUUUUUUUGCCUUUUGGGGAGAGGUGUUGGGGCAUCUGGUGGGCAGAACAAUCCCUCCUUUUUAAAACUUUUAAGCACAAUUUAACUAAACUGACUGUUUUUAGUGAUACUGCAGUGUCUAUGUGUGUAGAUGUGUGUAGUUGUUUAGGCCUUAGUUUGCCUCUGAGCAUGUUUUUCAGCUCUCGGUACCCUCUGAGUCAUGUAUAAAUCUUAAUAGGGUUAUUUAGUUCUCCUGUGAGACUCUGGAUGCUCUGGAAAAGGAAGAUAAGGUUUGGGAAGGAUAACAUGUAAGUAGACGAAGGUUUGUGGAUGUGGAUAAGAAAUGAAAAGGAGGUUAAGGUAAGGGUAUAAAAAGGUCUUGGUAUGUUCAUUAAUGUCAAAAGAGAAAGAAAGUAGAAGGCAAAGAGAGAGUGGGCAUCCAGAGUUUUGCUUUCAAGGGCUUGUUCUGUAUGGGUUGGAAAAGCUUUAGAUGGGAAUAGAACAGUAUCAUCUGCAAAGAAAAUCUCCAACAAAAGAAAAGGGGUUUCUACAUGCUAGCUGGCUUAACAGAUUACUGCCAGCCAGACUCAAACUAUUGUCAGACCUUGCUAUUAACAUCGUCAUGAUUUUUUAGUAGUGAACAACACAAGGAUGUCUAGUGACCGUCCAUGUGCCGUGCGCCUCCCCCCCCCCCGCUCUCUCGCGUGUGCAGAACUCGCGCUACAGGUCCCAGCAUGCACCUGAAGGCUGAAGGCAAAAAUCAGAUCACAGGUAUAGGAGAUCUGGUCCAUGUGUUUUUGUAAUCAUACGAGGCCUUAAGUAGAAGCCAGUGCUGUUAUGAUUUGAGUUCCUGUAAAGCCAUGUUUGUAUUUAUUUGUUGCACUCAACGGGGUUGGAAGGUUGUGGUGAGUUUGAGGGGUCACUGCUUGCUUGGGAGCGUUUCAGCACGGCCCUAGGCCCUUAAAAGGACAAAUAGGAAUUUGAUUGUUUCAGUGCUUAGCCACCAUGCUAAUUUGAGGCCAGUGGAACCUUAAAAUUAGGAGGGAAAUCCAUUAACGCAUCAUUUUAAUUGUAUAGCUGGGGGGGUUAGGGUAAGGGGUAAAAUCAGUUUUUUUUUUUUUAUGAAUGGUUCCUGUGUUUAAAAUGUGUCUCUGGGAUAUAUAGUACUGACAUUGACCAGCAGGUGGGAGUAUUCCCAUAGAAAGGUAAGAAGCAUACUAAUGUGACAUGUUUAAAUCCAAGGUUAAGAGUGAUGCUUGACCCUAUCCUUCCCUACGCUCACCUGUCCAACCAACACAUCCUAAACAGCUAAUGCACUAUUUUUAUUAUUAAUAUUAUUAUUAAGUCUGUUUUACUGACACCACUGUUUGAAGUAUAAUAAUACUAACAUUUUAGUGAGAAUAUUAGCAUAUGUGUAACAAUGUCUGCUAACAUUAUGACAUAAAGUUUUAACAUAUUUAGCACUUUUUUUUUUUGCGUUUUUGCUUCACAAGGGAAUUCAAAUCAGCCAAAAUGUUCUAUAAAGGAGAAAUGGAAUACUCUACACAUGUGUAUGCUAAUGUGUAUAUAAUACCUAUGCCAUAUUGAACAAAGAAAGAAGCUACAUCUUUUUUUUUUUUUUGUUUAGUGUGUUCGAAGGCUUGGCAUUAAGGACAGAAGGCACACACAAACUGUUCAUGUCUUUUUAGAUAUCUUGUAGUUGCUAUCCCCCCUCUAGUGAAGCAGGAGUUUCAGGCUUGGCUUUCUUUCCUGUGAUCGCUUUGUGCCUCCCUUUCAAUAUCAUGAUCCUCUGUAAAAUACUCAUGGCUAUUAUUCAGUUGCCUCUUUUUUUUUUUUUUUAAUAAAUCGAUGGAAACAAAACAA